UUAUCAUCUGCCAGCUGUCCGAGAGGCCACUGCCGGGUUUGUCAAAGGGAUAGAGAUCGGGAUCGAGUCCGGUGGACGAAAAUUGACAGCAAACCCAAACAACUACUGUUUAUAGAGAGAGAGAGAGAGAGAGAGAGAGAGAGAGUCUAUGGAAGUUCCAUCAAAAUCCACCUAAAACCCUAACGAAUCGCACCAGUUUCAGGCAUCCUUGUAAAAUAAGGAAAUUUGAAUAUUGAACUUGGAAAUCAAAUCACAGAGAGAAUUCUCUGAUUUGGCAACUCUUUAAUCCGAAACAAAACAUGCCUCCGAAGCAACAAUCCAAAGCCGACUUGGCGAAGAAGCAGAAACUAGUGGAGGACAAGACCUUCGGUCUCAAGAACAAGAACAAGAGCAAAAACGUCCAGAAAUACGUGCAGAGCCUUCAACAAAACGUCCAACCCAAACCCGACCCCUCCAAACUCGCCGCAAAGAAGAAGAAGGAAGAAGAGAAGGCUAGAGAGAAGGAAUUGAAUGACUUGUUCAAGAUUGCUGUUGUUCAGCCCAAAGUACCAGUUGGUGUUGAUCCCAAGUCUAUUGUAUGCGAAUUUUACAAGGUGGGCCAGUGUGUGAAGGGUUUUAAAUGCAAGUUCUCGCAUGAUUUGAAUGUGCAGAGGAAGGGUGAGAAGAUUGACAUAUAUAGUGAUAAGCGUGACGAAGAAACGAUGGAGGAUUGGGAUCAAGAGACAUUGGAAAAAGUUGUGGAGUCAAAGAAGAACGAGUAUAACCAGAAUAAACCAACAGAGAUAGUUUGCAAGUACUUUCUUGAUGCAGUGGAGAAGAAACAGUAUGGUUGGUUUUGGGUUUGCCCAAAUGGCGGUAAAGAUUGUCACUACAGACAUGCUCUUCCUCCAGGAUAUGUGUUGAAGUCUCAGAUGAAGGCACUUUUGGAGGAAGAGGCUGAUAAGAUACCUAUCGAGGAAGAGAUUGAAAAUCAGCGUGCAAAAGUAACAACUUCAACUCCAAUGACACCUGAGUUGUUCCUGCAAUGGAAGAGGAAAAGGACAGAGGAAAGAGAAGCUGGCUUGGCUGCCCAGCAAGCAGAGAGGGCUAAGAAUGACCGCAUGAGCGGUCGUGAGUUGUUUCUUUCAGAUUCUAGCUUGUUUGUGGAUGAUGCUGAGGCAUAUGAAAAAUACCAGAGAGAAGAGGAACCUGAUACUGAGCAGAAGGUCCAGAAAAAUCCUUUGGGAGAAGUUCCAAGCACUUCUACUAGUGCAGUUGCUGAUUCUGAAGAAGCUUUUCCUGAUGUUGAUGAUGACGAUGAUGAGUUGGAUUUGGAUGAGUUAAAUGAGCUUGAAGCAAGUUUGUCAAGAACUUCUAUUCGGAUCCAAGAGCCUGGUGCAGAGAUUUCGUCUUGAGAAAGAGGAUGCCAUUGUUGGGAACCUUGCAAUUGGCAUACCCGUGAAGAGGGGGAAAGAUAGUAAAGGAACCACUGGCCAAAUAAUCUGUGGGUUGACCGCCUAUUUUUGGGCUCUUAAUGUGUGCUUUUUAUUGCGGUUGAUUUGUUUUCCUUGUUUUGAUUGAGGUCACUCUUGAGCAUUAAAACUGACAAGAUUAUUCAUGUAGUUUUGUUUGUUCAAACCUUUCUUUUUUUUUUCUCUGAGAAACGUUUGUUCAAACCUUAAAUGGCCUGAAAAUUUUCAAUUUCUACUACCUUUGACUUUCAACUA